AUGGCGAACACCAAUGCCACAAUAUUUCUAUUCCUCCAUCUUCUCAUCCUUCGAAUCACCGCUCAGAACGUUGCGACUACCAUCACUCAUACAGGUACACCUGUGACAAUUACCACCAGCCCUUCAUCAACGCCUCCGUCAUCCCAAUAUACCGACCGCAGCGCUCUACAAUCUGCCGUUUUAAACAGUACCAACACAUACAGAAGGCAGCACAACGCGUCUUCCAUUGCAUGGAACGACACCCUAGCAUCUUACGCUUCCGACCAUGUCAAGGCUUGCAAAUUCGCCCAUACCGGCGGACCAUACGGCGAGAAUCUGGCGGAAGGUUAUGAGAAUAUGACAGCUGCUAUCGACGGCUGGGGCGAAGAACGUAGCAAAUACAACUUUGAUAAAGGUGACUUUGGCGAAGCAACUGGUCAUUUCACACAAUUAGUAUGGAAGAACACGAGCAGCACGGGAUGCGGAGUGCAGAAUUGCAAAGAUAGCGGUUGGCUUGUUUUCUGUGAAUAUUGGCCGCAAGGCAACAUAUUGGGAGACUUCAAAGAGAACGUUCAGAAGCAGGUCAAUUCUGAUCAAGCUACGGGAGGAGCUCCGCCAUCAUCGCCGAAGCAGAACUAUGGAUUGCCAAAGGGAUACAAUUCGGCUACAGCUAUUCGAUUGACAGGGAGUAUAUGGGUCCUGACGUUCGGGCUAGUGACUGGCAUCACCUUCUCAUGA